UACAAUAAAUUACCAUAUAGUACAGGGAAUGUCUAUCUUAUGAGACCUACUAUCAAACAAGUUUGUAUUGACUUUCAAAUUUACUCUAAUAAACACAGUACAGUUAGCGAGGAAUCCAUCUUGCCACAUCUUGCUGAAUUGAAAGAUACUUCAGAGAUAUGUACAUGUGUGGAAGAUCAAGAAUAUGAUUGUUGCGACUUCUUCGAAAACUGUGAAUGUGAAGGAAAAUGUGUCUGUAAAGGAAAAUCCAAACUAUUCGUUCGAUCAUUAUGUAAGAGAUGUAAUGCCCAGAGACAACAUAAAAAUAGUAAAAAUAUAAUUAUUGGUUCUCAUAGGACUAUGAGCGAUACUGUUGUGCCCAUAAUAGGAGGAACGUUUGUAGGAAAAGAGUGUAACUGUUUAUUGAUGUAUAAAGAAAAAUUAAUGGCUAUUGACGCGAGUAACAGAUUCAAGUGUCAAAAGGUGAAAUACAUCCUAGGUGGAGUCAUUAUGACUCGACUAGGUCCGGUUUACCUAAUAUCGAGUAUUUUUGUUGAGGCUGAAUCAGAAGUGAUCAGUGAAUCAGAUAAUUCUUCAUCAUGUAUCUGUAGAAGUAAUGACAAUAGGACGAAAAAGAGUGAUAGUACGGAAGUAAUUUCGAAAAAGUCUUCUGUUGGAGAAGAGACGGAUGAUUGCGAGUGCAAACAGCAAUUAGAGUUAUUUUUAAAACAUAAAUGUAAUUGUGAACAAUGCCAGGCCGCUAUGCCAAGCACAAAAACAAUAUUCAUUAAUCAAGGCAUUAAACGAAAUUAUGAUGGAGCAACUGUCAAUAUAAUCGAUAGUGUAUACGAUCAAAAAUGCGAUUGUCUAAAUGCAUACUUACACAGAAUGCAAAAAUGUGAAGAUUACAAGUCUAGGGUGAAAGCACGUUAUAAGAUCAAGUCACAACCUAAUAAGUAUGUGAUAACAGAUGUUUUUAUUACUCCAUUGGGUCCCGUCUACUGUAUUGGAGGUGUUCGAGUGCCCCCUGAAUGUGUUUGUGCUAAAGUAAUGAGAGAAGUUGAGGAAGCCGCUGAAGCAGCAAAGCGUAUGGCAAAAUUGCCUCCGACUGGUAGAGUGAAAUAUGAAAUAUCCGGAGUCAGGCAUGGAUCACAAGAAAAUACCUUUGUAAUUUCGAGAGCUUUGCCUGUGAGGGAUUGUUCAUGUGAAUCACUGUAUAAAUCCUAUCAAAAAGCACAUGAAAGUUGUUUGAACGCCUUCGAGGAAUAUCUGAAGAAAAUAAAAGAGGAAAUGGAAAUAUCUUCUGAUAAAUCUGAAGAAGCAGCUGUUGAAAGCACUGAUAAGACUGAUUUGAAAGAAGAGGAUAUUCCGGUUGAGACGCAGGUUAUAACGGUACACACGAUUACAACGACGAUAACAUACGUUACAGCAAUUACUGUAAUUUUUGAAUCAUUUUUGACUAAUCUAACAGAACAAUUUCCAAUAACUUUCGAUCCGGUACUCAAUAUGCUUAGACAAAAAGUGGAUGGAAAAUAUGACAUAGGUUUGGAAUAUCCAGAAAAACGGGAUGUCACUACACUAUUGAAUAAUACUUGGGUUUCUGAACCGGAAUUAGACCUUGAAAAGGAAAAUAAAGUAUUAAAACGUUUUGUAAUAUUAGAUGAAAUUCCUUGUGAUCAACGAAGCCAAACAGCGAUUUUGAAAAAGAUGUUAGCGAGCAUGGCAGAGGAUGGAUUUCCUUUAGCUAGACUUCCAGAAUGUUAUAAAUUACCACAUUUUAAAUUGUGGAUGGAAUUAAGAUGUGGAAGAAGAUGGUCCCAGAGAGAUAGAG